GUUCAAUUAAAAACAUUAAUCUGUUUACGGCCAAAUAAUAUUUGGCGCAAUUUUCAUAAUCUAUUAUAAAUUUUUUAAAUAUUCAAUUGAAAUUGACUCUUUAGGAAUUUUUUAGGGAUCUGAUUUGAAAAUAUCUUUGUGUUUGCGGUCAGCUGCUUACGAAAGAUGGCGAACAUUUCGGGGGGAACGUAAAUAUCUUUAAAAAAAUACAGUUCAAACGUGUUUUCGGAUAACUCAAUUAAUUGUGCGUGCGAGUGAAAAAAGUUUAUUUGUUAUUGACGGUGAUAACUCAAAAAUUGUGAAGUGUAAAAUUCGUUGAACUGAUAACUCAUUUUGAAGAAUUUUUCUUUUCUGUUACUAGAAAAUUUUACCGCACUAUGACGAAUUCGAAUGAUAGCUUUCUCGAUGAGGAUUCUUUCUUCACGGAAAUCAUGUCCAGUCAAUCAAAUGUCGAAGAUCAAGUUGUAUUGCUAAAAGAAACUUUGGAAAGCAGCGAUCGUUCUUUUGCCGAAAAAUCAGAAAGUUUACAAAACUUUUUGUCUAGCAGCAGUAUCAGAAACGUUCCAAUAGAUUUAAUAGAAGAGAAAAUAUUUAACGCAGCAUUGUCUGGUGCUCGAUGUCUCUAUCACGAGCUAAUGAAUUGCAUCGAGGAUACUAUAAAGAAUAAACAGGAUUAUAAUCCUGAAGAUGUCAAAAAUAAUCUGGUGAUUCUUGUUGGUUUGCUGAAAUGUUGGGAUUUGUGCAUUGAACACAUAAAAUUGCUAGAAAAAGUAUCCAUCAUUGACAUCAAAAGUUUUCCAGAUAAUUUGUUCGAUGUCAUGCUAAAUGCUAUGACUCAUUGUAAAAAUAGCGCUGAAAAUUACGGAGAAAAUUGGAAAAUAAUAUCGGAUAAUUUAACCACAAUUUUCCGUCAGUGUGUUGGUACCAUUACGACUUUUUGCAGUCUUAUAGACUCAGUCAUAACUUUUGACGCUAACGAAGAAGACCAGAUUAAUAUUUUACUCAAAGUUAUUGAUGAAACGGGAAGAUUGGCUGCAAUGAGCAGUGGAAUGGACAAUAAAACGUUGACCGAACUGUGGAAACGUUUCGGUAAACUGGCAUCCACCUACAAUCUAGAAAUAAAGCGGACUGCUUCGGACACGGUCACGUCACAUUUUAAAUCUCUAUGCAAUAAUAUAGUUACAAUUCUUAGUACAAUAAAUCAAAAUAACAAUCAAAGUAUGAAUGAGAGACAUGUGGUGUGCAGCCGCCUAUUAUUUAAAAUUUUAGAAAAAUUGUCGGAGACGUAUUGCGGAUGGAUACGGAACGAUGUAAUGUUGAAUGUUGUAUUCAUGUUGACUCAUUUGCAAAAAUAUACCGAAGAGUAUUUGAAAAUUACCAAAUGCAGCAAAGAAUUAAUUAAAUUCAUCGUUACUAAUUUUUCGUACCAAAUUGAUCCAUUCAUUGAUAUCAUUAUUAGAAACGAUAGUUUCAGAUUGGCAUUUUUUAAUUAUGUGGACACAGAGGUCGAAGAUUCAUUAGGAUACCAUCUUCUGAUUUUGGUACUGAUGAAAAAAAUAUCAAAAUUACCGUGGGAAUCGCAAAUUGAGUGGCAUAAGAAAGAUCAAUCGCUUUUAAAUGUCUGCUUAGAAAAUUUAGAUAAAAUUGCAAAAGAUAUUUGCGUUGGUAAAAUCAACGUGCAAAUGUCAAGGGACGUUACACACUCAUCCUACAUGGCGAACAUUUAUGAGGCUACAUGUUUGAAUACCUUUGCCUUGGCAUGUCAAUUUCCAAAUGAAGACUUUCCAGAACUUGUCGUGAUGCUUUUGAAGUACUUGCUGAGUGGAAAAUAUUUUAGUUCGCUCUUAAGUUCUGACAUUUGGUGCUUUGUUUGCAGAUUAUCUUCAACAGAUAUGUGUUACAAACAUUUUCAAUACCUCGUCCAAAUCUAUGAAAAAUUAAAGCAACGGAAAAACGAUUUCAAUGUUAAAAUAUUGGGAAAUCUUUUGAGUCGACAAUACAAUUUUUUAUCAGAAAAGCAGCGAAAUGAAUUCAUUAAUGGUAUCGAAAAAAAUAUUGAUCCUCAUCAAUGGCAUCCUCUAGUACGAAAUUUUAACGAGGAAAAAGUGCAACAGUUUCAACAGCAAAUCGAUGCACCGGCUAUAAAUGCCCGUAUUUAUUUAGAUCUGAAAAAAUUAGAAGAUCAGCCUUGUUUAGAAAAUUUCCACAACUUGAUCAAAGAUCUUCACGUUAUCGAAGCUUGUCAAAUCUAUCAGGACGAAAAAUCGGCUGAAGUAUUUGUGCAGAUGUGGAACAAAAUUGUUUACGUACUUGGAGAUUGCGAAGGUACUUUGUCGAAAGUUGUAGAAGAUUUAGCGGUAGCCUUGUUACGUGCUACAAAUCUGCAAAAACCAAGUCCCCCCAAAUAUGUUAGAACAGUGCUCGAAUCAAUGGCCUCCCUAUAUCCUUAUGCUUCUAAUCGGCUUCACUUGGAAUUCUGCCAUUUUUUAAACAAAAUAGCUUCGAAUCUUGAUGAAUCUGACGCUAAUAUCGUCUCGGAGCUUUACGCACGCCUUCUGUGCCACCAAGAGCCGUGCAUUCGUCAAGAGUCAUACGAAAGUUUCGAAAAUCUUACUCAAGCAAACGAAAAUUCUAAUUUGCUAUCUACGCUUGCAGCAAAUAUAAGGAACAUCAGUCCCGAAGUCGCCAAAAGUUUACCGGAGUUUCUCUCUUCCAAAGUCGUCGAUCAAUCAUGUAGUUUCAAUGGAAUCGAUAAAUUUUACGAGGCUCUAUGUGAAUCUAUGAAAAAAUGGAGGCACAUUUGUUAUAAGAGAGAUCAAGUCGACCAGAAAGAGAAGUUGCAAAAAUUGAACGACGAUGAAGAGCGAAAGGAGGAAAUCGAGGUAUUAGACGAAAAUAUCGAAGAGCUAGUUGAUAGAGUUUGUACCGAUAUAGAAUUCAUUAUAAAAUCUUAUAGCCAAGUUAAAAAAAAUCACUGUGAAAAACUAAGAUUAAUUUGUCAAAAAUAUCUGGAGCAGAGCAAUUGAAGAUGUAAAUGAUUUAUUGAUCAAU